AGAACUUGAAGAGACUAAGAAGUUCGUAGAGGGCGCUUUCCCCUCAACUCCAGUUACUUUUCUUUAGCUUUAUUUCAGAACCUGUUUAUAGGUUGAUGUUCGGCAACAACAAUUAGCAUUUCUAGCUAACAGUUCAGGAACCAAACUAGUGGAGAGAGAAAUUCAGGAAGCGAACCUCUCCUGCAAGGGUUGAAGACUACCAGACUGGAGAAGAUCGAGAAUAGGUAAACACCUUCUUCGGGUUCCAUCUUGUGGAAAAGAUUACCAGGAGGACCGCGACUGGAGAAGAGGGGCAAGUGAACGUCAUCGUCGGCGGCUCCAGAAGAGGUGGACCAGAAAGAAGCCAAAGCAGCAUGGUGAAGUAUCCACGCCGAAGGAGCAGCCCCCACGGGGGUGCGCAACUCCUGCCCAGGAACCUGGUCCUGCUUCUGGUCCUGCUCCUGCCGCUGGCCCAGCAGGCCCAGGCAGCGCUGCACUCCAGCUUCCGGCGUCUGAGCGGUCGUGAGAAGAAAGAGAUGCAAAAGGAGAUCUUGUCCAUCUUGGGCCUGCCGGGGCGGCCCAGGCCCCACCCGCCGCUCAGGCCGCCCUCGUCCGCGCCGCUCUUCAUGCUGGACCUCUACCACGCCAUGGCGGCGGACGGCGAGGACGACCCGGCCUCCGCCAACGACGUCAUCGCGGUUCGGCCGAGGGGGGACGGCGCCGAGCGGAGGGCGGCCGUCCACCGCCCGGCGCUGCCCGCCCUCAGCACGCACACGCCGCCGCUCGGCACCGUCGUCAGCGAGGCCGACACCGUCAUGAGCUUCGUCAACUUGGUGGAGCAGGAGCGUGACCUGCUGCAGCAGCCUCGUCCCUACUGGAAAGAGUUCCGCUUCGACCUGACUCCUCUGCCGCAAGGCGAGACGGUGACGGCCGCCGAGUUCCGCAUCUACAAGACGCUGACGCUCGGCCAGCGGGCCAACAGGACCCUGCACAUCUCCGUAUAUGAGAUCCAGAAGGACAACAGACACAGGGAGCCCGAGCUGGUGCUGCUGGACAUGCAGUCGGUGCCCGCGGGUCAAGAAGGUUGGCUGGCCUUCGACGUCACCUCGGCCUCCAACCACUGGCUCGUGCGCCCCCGCAGCAACCUGGGCAUCCGCCUCUACGUGGAGACCGAGGAGGAUCGCUCGCUGUCGGCCGCCUGGAUCGGGCUGGUGGGCCGCAGGGGUCCUCGCUCCAAGCAGCCCUUCAUGGUGACCUUCUUCCGGGAGAGCCAGAUCCCCUGUCGGCCGCCCCGCGCCGUCAAGACGCACCCGCGCAGGAAGAAGCCCAAAUACGACCUGCCCCUGCCCAGCAUCCACAAUCGAAGUCCAGUCAACAGCGGCGGUCAGCCGUGUAAAAAACACGAACUCUACGUCAGCUUCAGUGACCUCGGAUGGAAGGACUGGGUUCUGGCCCCCACAGGGUACUCGGCGUACUACUGCGACGGUGAGUGUUUCUACCCGCUGGGUGCCUGCAUGAACGCCACCAACCACGCCCUCAUCCAGCAAGUGGUGCACCUGCUGAAGCCCGACGAGGUGCCCAAGGCGUGCUGCGCGCCCACCAAGCUGAGUCCCAUCUCGGUGCUCUUCUACGACGACAACAACAACGUGAUCCUCAAGAAGCAUCGCAACAUGGUGGUCAAGACCUGCGGCUGCCUAUGAGAUGUGCGGCAGCUGCAACACCAACCAAAACCAGAAGGAAGUGGACUUUGAUUUUUAUUACAAGAUACACACGUGUUAGUUAUUUGGUCACAUAACUUUCUAAAUAGUCCUUCGAAAAGAUGAAGACUUUCAAUGUUGUUGUACAUUUAAAGUCGAGUUUGAAACCACAACAGUCGAGCAUGAACAUGAUUUGUGCUUAAAGUUGGGGUUGAUUUGAAAUGUUAGCAGUCCAAAUGAAUGAAUAUCUUCAGUAAAUUAUUGCCAGGUGUAACCAAAAAAAGGGCUGAGGUGUUGUUGCUAUGCGCCUGAUAUUUAGUGGUCUAUUGGUUUGUUUUUUUCACUUCUCACUGCAGCUUGCUUCACUCAGGAAAGAUUAAUAGUCAAAUUAAAUGAAGAAAAAAGUUGAA